AUGGCGGGGAACUCCAACACCGCCGUGGGCUGGGCCGAGUCCAUCUCCGGUCUUUCUCAGAUCGUUCUGGCCGGGCCGGCGGGCGUGUUGACAGACACAGUGUCAAGAAGUAAAAUCUUGCGAUGGUGCGCCUACCUGUCGGUGUUGGCUGUGGGCGCUUCCAUUGCAGGAAUCGGCUUUGACAAUUUCCCAAUUAUCUAUGUGUCCUUGUUCAUUUUCGGAGCAUACACAGCACUGCAGAACACAGCCAGCUUCGCCUUGUAUUCUGAUUCGAUCCCUCAGGGCUCUCGAGCCAAGUGGCUCUCACGUGUGAGCAUUGUGAAUCAGCUAGGCUAUGGUGCUGGGCCCUUCUUUAGCCUCUUUUUGUUUGGCUACUUCGGGAAUCAAUGGAAGCUCUCAGUGCUUCACGUUGUAUUGAUCAUCGGCUUUUUGGGCAUGAUCCCAGCGAACCUCUUCUUGGUGAACUUGAAAGAUGCUCAACAUGAAGAUGGUGGAGCAGAAGCAUCGGGAGCCUUCAGCAAUCUGAAGUAUGCAAGGGUCGUCCCCUGGCUGAUUUGUAGCUUGGAUGUGGUGACCGCCAUUGGAGCUGGCAUGACGGUGAAGUUCUUCCCUCUUUUCUUCAAGCAGGACUAUGGGCUCAAUCCUGGACAGAUCCAGUUGCUCUUUGCCGUCUACGGCCUCUCCUUUGGUUUCUUCACUUGGCUCUGUGAAAAAGCGGCCGCCAAGUUGGGUCGAGUGCAGGCAGGUGUCCUUUUUGCGACGGCGGGGGUGGUUUGCCUCUUCUUGUUGGCCUACCUCAGAUGGCUCCCCAGCGUCUUGGUGGUCUUUGUGAUUCGUGGGGCCUUCGCGAAUGCCAUCUAUCCAAUUGACCGAUCCAUCUUGAUGGACUUCGUCCCGUCCAACGAGCGCGGUCGGUGGAAUGCUGCUGAGAGCGUCAGCAGCAUGUCGUGGUCGGGGUCAGCAGUGAUUGGAGGUUACUUGAUGGAUGCCUAUGACUACCGACAGACCUUUGUCACUUGGAGAUACUGGUCAGGUCACACCGCGUGCAUCUAUGCGGUGGCUGCCAUCAUGAGGCUUCCCCUCUUUUUCCUGGUGCCACGAUAUGAGCUUCCAGCUUCACAGCAACCCUUCAUCGGAAGGGCCGUGACACAGGAAGAUGUCCAAGCAGACUUGCUGCGAUCGGUGAGAUCGCGAAGCGUGCAGUUUGAGCUUUAGGCGUUUUUUAGGUGGACCUUCUCGGUGGCCCCAUUUUCGCGAAGGUCAAUUCGACCAAGCCCACGGGCUAAUGCAUAGUAAGUCAUGAAUGACAAAGAAUGACCUCAGGUCGUUUUGUAGACUAGGCACUUGAAUGCCUGCGCAUGCGUGGCAGGCACUCUUUUCGCCAUGUGUGACCAGGGUGGGGGACUGCUUAGUUGAGCGGUGCCAUGAA